AUGGAUCAGCUCCUCUGGCCACCAGCAUACCGGCGCCGUGUCCGCCAGUCAUGCCUUCUCGAUCGUUGUUGGGGCCGGCGGAUUUGUGGGACCUGUUGCAUCGCGAUUUGCUUUCGCUCGGCGUUAUCGCACGGUUACUUCUAUUUGGUUUCGAUGUGGUCUCGGAAGGGCAACAAACCAGCCGCAGGAUCAGUUGCCGUCGAGCUUGAUCGGCACACCUGCCUGGACCCCCACGCGACCGCAAUUGGCAUGAACAUGCAGUGUGGCCCCCAGUCGGCGGACAAGAUCGCGGCAUGCCAAGAUUUCUGGAAG